AAAGGAGAUAGAGAGCUCACUGAGAGCCGCGCAAGAAAUGGCGACGGCGGCGUUGUCACCGGCCACCGUUUCUCUCCGCCUGAAACCGUUUUCCUCCACCAUUCGCUUCCUGUCCUUGUACCGCAAUCACCAACCAAACCUUACCAAACUAAAAUACCAAAUCAUCACCACUCUUCCUCAUCACCCGCCAAAACACCAACUCUACUUCAAUCACUUGAACGAUUCCAUAACUCACCGUCGAUGCUUUUCCACCAUCGUAUCUGCCUCAGUAUCCUCCGGCGAGGUCGUAGAGAAGUCCAAAACCGAAUCUACUGACGAACGAGUUGGGGAAUUUCGUAAACGGCUGAGAAUUGUUGAUAUAAAAGGAGGGGAAAGCGAGGGUUGCGAUAGAUUAGGUGAAACGUUGACGGUUAGGGGUUGGGUUAGAACUCUUCGUGUUCAGAGCAGUGUUACAUUCAUUGAGGUGAAUGAUGGUUCAUGCCUGUCAAAUAUGCAAUGCGUGAUCGAUUCAGAUGCUGAAGGUUAUGAUCAGGUGGAGAGUGGUUUGAUAGCAACAGGUGCAUCAAUCUGCGUACAUGGAGUUGUGGUACCGAGCCAAGGAAAGAAACAAAAAAUAGAGCUGAAGAUUCACAAACUUGUUACGGUUGGUAAGAGUGACACAUCAUUUCCUAUUCAGAAGAAAAAGGUCACACGAGAAUUUUUAAGAAGCAAGGCACAUCUUCGUCCUAGAACAAACACUUUUGGUGCGGUUGCACGGGUUAGGAAUGCUUUGGCGUAUGCUACACAUAAAUUCUUUCAAGAAAAUGGGUUUGUUUGGAUUUCGAGUCCUAUUAUUACCGCAUCGGAUUGUGAAGGUGCUGGCGAGCAAUUUUGUGUAACCACAUUGAUACCAAGCUCCAAAGAAGCCAUUGAUUCUCCGGCCGAUGCUAUCCCAAGAACAAAAAACGGCUUAAUUGAUUGGUCACAAGAUUUUUUUGAAAAACCAGCAUUCUUGACGGUCUCUGGCCAACUCAACGCCGAAACAUACGCUACUGCUCUUUCUGAUGUGUAUACAUUUGGUCCUACAUUUCGAGCGGAAAAUUCCAACACUUCCAGACAUUUGGCUGAAUUCUGGAUGAUUGAGCCCGAGCUUGCAUUUGCGGACCUGAAUGAUGACAUGGCCUGUGCCACUGCCUAUCUCCAGUAUGUCGUGAAACAUGUUCUUGAAAAUUGCAAGGAAGAUAUGGAUUUCUUCAAUAAUUGGAUUGAGAAAGGAAUCAUCGACCGUCUGAGUGAUGUCGUUGAGAAAAGCUUUGUACGACUGACUUACACAGAUGCAGUUGAACUACUUCUAAAAUCAAAGAAGAAAUUUGAGUUUCCGGUGAAAUGGGGAUGUGAUUUGCAAAGUGAGCAUGAACGUUACAUAACGGAGGAAGCUUUCUGUGGAUGCCCAGUUAUUAUAACCGACUACCCGAAGGAUAUCAAAGCGUUCUAUAUGCGGCAAAAUGAUGAUGGCAAGACUGUUGCAGCUAUGGACUUGCUGGUUCCACGGGUUGGUGAGCUUAUUGGUGGAAGUCAAAGGGAAGAACGUCUUGAUUACUUGGAAAACCGUCUAGAUGAACUCAACCUCAAUAAGGAGAGCUUUUGGUGGUACUUGGAUCUUCGGCGUUAUGGUACAGUUCCACAUGCGGGUUUCGGGUUGGGUUUCGAGAGGCUUGUGCAAUUUGCAACUGGAUUAGACAACAUUCGAGAUACAAUACCUUUCCCUCGAGCACCUGGGUCUGCCGAAUUUUGACCUGGAGAUCGACCGAUGCCGACUUUGGUGUUACUUUCUUCUAUUCAUUAUUGCAACCAACAAAUUCCCCAUCUGAAUGUUUUGAUGUAGAAAAGGGGGAGAUUUUUUGUCUGUAAAAUUUAUAUAUAUUAUUUAAAUUUGUUUUAAUCAUGUUAAAUCAAUGUAUUCAAUAAAAAUAGGUUUGUCAAUAACAUGCUUGUAUGCUCUUUAGUGAUCAUUUGGUUGGAAAAAUCUGGUUUUAAGGGAUU